UAUAAGUUAUACUCAUCCUAGGUCAAUAAUAUAACCACAGGUACAAAUAGGUAUGUUAUUCAAUAGUCAACCUUAAUUGUCUUCAAGUUAUGUAUAUCUGACAGAUAAUAGUUUUGUUCUCGGUAAUACAGCAACAUCUGAUACUGAUGGCAUGCAUUGAAAAUAUGUCUGUUCCCGUUGGUAUUAAUUGAACAAUUUGGUGGCAGCCAAUGCGUGUGUUAGUAGCCCGGCUAUCUGGCGUCAGACACAAUUGGCGCAGCACACGCACAUGGUCAGUGAAUGGAUAUCGCAGAGCGUUGGCGCAGGGAUUGGAAGCGGGAAUGACGAUUGGUGGUGUUGUUGUGGCAACCGUCCUUUCGAUUGUGGCCCAUACAAAUUGGGGUACUAAUUACACACCCGCUGGACACUCGGACCCUGUUGACGUUCUAUUCGGGCGCUGCACAAAAUCGAUAGACGAUAUAGGAAGGAAAAAUGCAUGGCCAUCCAAGCGAGUGCCCGUAUUGUUCUCCACCAAUCGAGGACUAUAUUUGCGCCUGGCUCCUGGCCAUCCGGGGAAUCAGAUGGAGGUGUUGACCCUUCAGCCACGCGGACAGAACUACAACAUCAGCUUUUGUGAUCUGGAACGCUGGAGCACCAAUCGGGCUAAUGUGGUCAGCCUGGAAGACACCUUCACCAUCAUGCAGCAGCGGAACAUGUCGCCGGAAUCUCACAACUAUCAGCCACGCCUGUGGAAAAACAACGUCAGCUACAGUUUGAUGCACUGA